AUGAAGUGGUUUCAAGUGACCAUAGAUAUGAUUCUUGUGCUUUCAUUUAUAUCAAGCAGCACAGCGAAUCCGGAUGCGAAGCGACUCUACGACGAUCUGCUAAGCAACUACAAUAAACUGGUGCGUCCCGUGGUAAAUGUCACGGAUGCGCUGACGGUGCGCAUCAAGCUGAAGCUAUCGCAACUGAUUGAUGUCAAUCUGAAGAACCAAAUAAUGACCACCAAUCUGUGGGUGGAGCAAUCCUGGUACGACUACAAACUUAAAUGGGAGCCCAAGGAAUAUGGCGGUGUCGAAAUGCUUCACGUGCCCUCCGAUCACAUCUGGCGGCCAGACAUUGUGCUCUACAACAAUGCCGAUGGCAACUUUGAGGUGACCCUGGCCACAAAGGCAACACUAAACUACACAGGACGCGUCGAGUGGCGACCGCCGGCCAUUUACAAGAGCUCCUGCGAAAUUGAUGUUGAAUACUUUCCCUUUGACGAGCAGACAUGCGUCAUGAAGUUCGGCAGCUGGACUUACGAUGGAUUCCAGGUGGAUCUGCGUCACAUCGAUGAACUGAAUGGCACCAAUGUGGUUGAAGUGGGCGUGGAUCUGUCCGAGUUCUACACGUCCGUUGAAUGGGAUAUACUUGAAGUUCCUGCAGUGCGGAAUGAAAAAUUCUAUACGUGCUGCGAUGAGCCCUAUCUGGACAUAACAUUCAACAUCACAAUGAGACGCAAGACGCUCUUCUACACGGUCAACCUGAUCAUACCCUGCAUGGGCAUCAGUUUUUUAACCAUAUUGGUAUUUUACCUGCCAUCGGACAGCGGCGAGAAGGUCUCAUUAAGCAUAUCCAUUCUGCUGUCGCUCACUGUGUUCUUCCUGCUGCUGGCGGAAAUCAUUCCGCCCACGUCGCUGGUGGUGCCGCUGCUCGGAAAAUUUGUGCUCUUCACCAUGAUACUGGAUACGUUCAGCAUCUGCGUGACGGUCCUGGUGCUGAACAUCCAUUUCCGGUCGCCGCAGACGCACACGAUGGCGCCCUGGGUGCGCACGGUGUUCAUCAAUCAGCUGCCGCGCUUUUUGGUGAUGCGCCGACCGCUUUAUCCGAUCAGCGAAAUGAUCAAGUCCUCGCGCCGGCUCAUGGUGCGCACCUGUAAUGGACUCGAGCUGAGGGAUCAAAUACCACCGCUGCCACCGCCCGUGGCACUGUCCCGCAUGCACCACAGCCCCAAGACAACGUCGCGCAGCACCUCGCCGCAUCUGCAGCACAGAGUGCAGGCUCUCAGCUUGAUGGACGAACUGGGCGGCAUAGGCGGCGGCUGCGGAGCAUCGACGAUCACUGGACAUCUGAGCUCGCUGUAUCCGCCAACGAUGUCGACGGUGAACCAGCAGACCUCGACCACAUCCUCGCUAAUCGAUGCGCAGUACCACAAUCAGUACCAGCAGACGGGCGGCUCUUUGCUGGACCAUCCGCUGACGCCGACCAAGUUCCGUCAGAUGACCUCCACCUCGAGCCAGACGGGCCAGAAUGGAGCCGGUCAUCAUCAUUACAUUGCCGGCGGCGGCGGCGGCGGCGGUGGCUCCAGCCAGGCUGGGAGCUAUCAUCUGUAUCGCCAGCAGUCGAGCUGCUCGGCCAACUUCUCGCCAUUGCCGCUGCAUGCGCAUCAGGCGCACGCUUCGACGAACACCAGCGACCUGGGCCUGGGCGGUAACCACAAUCCCAAUGUGAUAAAGUCCACAACGACGGUCAACUCGGUGGCGACCGCCUCGACGCUGGCCGAUUCCUGCUGCAGCGGCACCAUACAGAUACACCAGGGCAUGGGCGCCGGCGCCGCCUGCCAAUCCUCGGAGCUGCUGCAUCUGCACCGACCCACCACAUCUGCCGCGGCUGCGGCGGCGGCGGCGGCGGCAGCGGCAGCAGCAGCGUCGGCAUCGGCAUCAGGUGCCAGCACCUCAGCAGCUGCUGCUGCGGCUGCGGCGGCGGCAGCUGCGGGGGGUAUCACGCCGCCCCCACCACCACCGCCGGCCUGUGAUAUACUGCCCGCCUGCCAGCGCGAGGGCGGCCCCCAUUGCUGUACGGGGCGGGGCAAUGUGCGCCAGCGCUGGCACACCUGCCCGGAGCUCCACAAAGCCAUGGACGGCGUCACGUACAUUGCGGAUCAGACGCGCAAAGAGGAGGAGAGCACACGGGUCAAAGAGGACUGGAAGUAUGUUGCCAUGGUACUGGAUCGACUCUUCCUCUGGAUAUUCACAAUAGCUGUGGUCGUGGGCACGGCCGGCAUUAUCCUGCAGGCGCCCACGCUCUACGACACUCGCGUACCCAUUGACAUCAAGCUGUCGGAGAUUGCCUCUACGACGGCCAAGCCGAAUGUGGCGAGGCCUGUGUUGUAAAUCCCAUAAGGAUGACACCGGCAUCAACAACAGCACACACACACACACACACACACGCACACACACACACACACUCAGUGACACGCCCACGUAGAUAUGUAUGUGCCCACACACAGACAGUCUGAAAAAGAACAUGAGAAUUUCGCUUUUAAUUUAUUUUUCGUAUCGUGACAACAGGCAGCAACCGCGACAGCAACAACAACAACAACAACAACAAACAGAGAAACAAAGAAAAGGAAGAAGAAGAAGAUGAAGAAGAAAAUCCAAGUAACUAUAACUAUAACACAGCUGUAUAGCGAAAUAAAAGUAUUUGUUAUAUACUUACAUAUGUAUUCAUAAGGUAAAGGAAUGA